UUUUCUGGUGCUUCCUUCAGAACAAGCGGUGUAGCGCGUGCGGACCGGAGUCCCGGAGAGUUGGCUGUUCAAUCUCGACGGUCGGAGCGAAUCCGGAGUACACAAUGGCUACGCCUCCCAAUACCGGACUGUCCUUCGGCGCGCCGAAACCUGCAACAGGUCUCACCGGCUUGACGUUCGGCACUCCUCCGACCACCAUGGCCCCCCCGGGGACCGGCUUCGGCCUCGGCGGCGGGGUGACCGCGACGACGACGUCCAUCUCCACCGCGUCGAGCCUGCCGAGCUUCACCAACCUCGCGAGCAGCGGGACGGGGCUCGCGUUCGACCCCGCCAAGGUGUCCACGACCGCGGCCACAGGAUACCCCAUCGCGACGACCACGGCGGGGGGCUUCACUUUCGGCGCGACCAAGCCUUUGGCAGGGUCCGCCGGCUUGACCUUUGGCACUCCAAACGCCAUGGCCCCUGGAACUGGGUUCGGUCUCGGCAGCGCGAUCGCGGCUACAACGUCCACGCCGAGCAUGCCGAGCUUCAGUCUUCCCAGCAGCACGGCGGUGACGUCCGUGACGCCGGGACUGUCGUUCGACGCCUCGAAGACGGGGACCGCCACGACCUCGGCCGCGGGAUUUGCGCUCGCGGCAACUACCGCCGCAGGAUUUAGCUUUGGGACGUCCACGACCACCUCCGCUGGAUUCCCUUUGAGCAAAACCACUUCCGCCGCUGUUUCGACGAGCCUGGCGGCACCCCCUACUCUUACCUCAUUGGGCACCGCCACUACUGUCAGUUCCGCGACUGGUAUUCAACCGGCGGCCAUCAAUUUCUGCCAGCUCGAGGAAUCGAUCAACAAGUGGACCUUAGAGUUGGAGGAGCAAGAGAAAGUGUUUGUAAAUCAAGCGACGCAGGUCAACGUUUGGGAUAAAUUGUUGAUUACAAACGGGGAGAAAAUAGUGACGCUGAAUCAGGAGGUUGAACGGGUGAAGAUCGAGCAGCAGCAAUUGGAGCAAGAGCUGGACUACGUUGUUGGACAACAGAAAGAGUUGCAGGAAUGCUUGGUGCCAUUAGAAAAGGAGCUGGCGUCUCUUUCCGUCUCGGAUUCCGAUCGAGAAUACACCUACCGUUUGUCAGAGAAUCUCGAUACUCAGCUAAAAUCUAUGUCGGAGGAUCUUAAGGAAAUCAUAGAACACCUAAACGAGGCGAACCGCGCCCAAGACUCCAGCGAUCCUAUCGUCCAGAUAGGCAAGAUUUUGAAUGCACAUACGAACAGUCUACAAUGGCUGGACCAACAGACUGCUCUCUUAAGUCAGAAGAUACAGCAGAUUGAUCAGCUGCAUCAAAGCUUCAGGCAGGAGAGCGAACAGAACUUACAUUUAGCUUACAACUAGCUUUGUUCAUGUUUACAUAUGCGUAACUUGUAAGGAUUAUUUUUUGAUAAGUUAAUUAAUUUAUAUACUCUAGAAAAGAGCGAAUGGACAGAACGUAUGAAUGAGAACCGCAAAAAAAAUAUAUAUAUAUUUUACAUAUAAA